UUUUAGGCUGACCAAUUGAUGACAAUCGAUUUAUCGACAGUCCGAAAGUAUUUUUAAAUCGUUAAUCGUUUCAAACCUGAACUUCAGGAACGUCGCGUCGCUCGAUUUAAUUACCCAAGCGUACACGUAAAAUAGAUAUCAUUGCUUAAGAAGAUAAGAACGAAGCAGACAUCUCGCAUAUCUAAUCGAACAGUCACUCUAACGAAAGUCUCUUUCUCGACAAUUAUGGCAAAUGAUCAGGAUAUUUCGAAAUAUUUUGAAUUCGCAAAAAAUCUAACGUUAGAAGCUGGAAAGUUGAUUAAAAACGUCGAUGAUACGGAAAAAGUUGUCGAAACUAAAUGGAUAGAAAAAGAUUUAGUAACGAAUUUUGACCACAAAAUAGAGGAAUUCUUGAUCAAUGCUCUUAACAAAGAAUUUCCUGAUCACAAAUUCAUCGGGGAAGAAACAAUUGGCCUAUCGAUAUUGCCAGAAUUGACUGAUUCACCAACAUGGUUAAUCGAUCCGAUCGACGGUACAGUUAAUUUCGUACACUCUUUUUCGCAAUACUGCAUCUCGGUUGGUUUAGCGAUAUGUAAGGAAAUAGUCCUAGGAAUAAUUUACAAUCCUGUUAAUUGCGAACUAUAUACGGCAAAAAAAGGCCAAGGUGCAUUUCUAAAUGAAAAACCUAUUCGAGUAUCCAAAGUAACAGAACUAAAGAAGAGUUUAUUGGCGUUUGAAGUGGGGAGUUUGCGAAUGUACAAAAACCGUGACAUCGCUUUGGGUAGAUUCUUGGCUUUAUUCGAAGCAUCCCAAGCUAUCAGAAACGUAGGCUCGGCUGCGUUAUCGAUGGCAUAUGUGGCUAAAGGCGUAAUCGAUUGCUUUCAAAUGGAUGGUCUUCAACCUUGGGACGUGGCAGCAGGAAUGAUUAUAGUUAGUGAAGCCGGUGGUACCUUACUAGAUUCGAAAGGUGGACCUUUCAAUCUAAUGAAACCAAACACCGUAGUCGCGUCUACAACGCAAUUGGCUUGCGAGAUGACGAAACUGAUCGUUGAUACCGAUUUGAAAACCCAAAGAAAAAGACUUCGACGAACUUGAUCUUAUUUUUUACUAACAUGUAUAAUAUUGUAUAAAUUAAGAUAUAAUGAAAUAAUUCUCCUAUUUCUAAACAUGUAAACGUUCGAUUAUUAGUUUCGUACAUCGUAAUAAUACGUGAAAAACCGAUAAAAGAAUAAAAAACAAUAAAUAAAUAAUUAAAUAAAG